CUUUUUAUAAAUGCAGUGGCUUGAAUAUUCUCUGAGACCAGUACACAUUAUUAUCUAGCGCGAUACAGUCGAUAUUACAUCACGCACUAUCAACAAAUUGCAAUGAGUUUCACCAACAAAGUGGUUCUGAUCACUGGUGCCAGUGCUGGUAUCGGUGCCGCAACUGCUGAACAAUUUGCUAAAGAAGGUGCCUCAUUGGCACUAGUUGGAAGAAACGAAGCUAAACUGAAGGCAGUUGCUGAACGAUGCCAUGAAUUAGGAGCAAAAUCUUACGUCAUCAAAGCUGACGUAUCCAAAGACAAAGACGCUGACAGCAUUGUUAAGAAAACUGUUGACGUAUUUGGAAAAUUGGAUGUUCUAGUCAAUAAUGCCGGGAUACUGAAACUAUCAGGUAUCAUGGCGGAUGACUUCUUGGAAACGUUUGAUGAAGUAAUGAAGACGAACUUGCGUGGACCUGUUCGCAUCACCCGCUCAGCUGUGCCCAGUCUUAUCAAAACCAAAGGGAACAUUGUGAAUGUAUCAAGUAUUGCCGCUACUAACGUGACCAGACCAACAUUUAUCGCAUACAAAACUUCUAAAGCUGCUUUGAAUCAUUUUACAAGGUCUGUCGCUUUUGAACUUGCUCCUCAUGGUGUUAGAGCCAACUCAGUCAGUCCUGGACCAGUACGUACGGAUAUUUUUGGAGGCCUAAAUGUGGAUGCUGAUAUGUUACUAGAAGAUACGGCUUUACUAAGAGUAUCUGAUCCAGUAGAGAUCGCUGAUCUUAUUGUGUAUGUAGCUAGUGAUAAAGCAAAGGGCAUCACUGGGUCUGACUACAUUAUAGAUAACGGUACACUGUUAAAGUGAAGUAUUAGACUUGGUAAUGGAACAAUGUAUUAGUACAUUGCCAGGUGAAGAUAAGUGUUUUAUCCUGAAUUGUAAGUGGUGUGUUAUAUGUAUUUUAAUAUUCAUUAAAUAAACCUAUAAAUAAUUAAAAU